AAGACGCAGAUCGUCGUCGAGUGAGAGUCGGGUCGGUCGAGUGCACUGGGCAAGGUAGAGAGAGAGAGAGCACAAGGUAGCGCAGAGCAGCAGUGAUCCACUUUGAUCUAUGUUCGCAGAGUCACCGGAAUUGGUAAUUCAGUAGAAAGUGCGGAACGUGACUUGGCGGUUGGUGGUGCCAUCGUCGUUGUUGUUGAUGUGAAUCUGACGUGCGAAUGAAACAAAAUUCGGCUACUGAAGAGGAAGAUUGAUUGCGCUGGUGUUUAGGUUGUGUUACAAUUGCACUCAGCGCAUUGUGUAAUUUUUCUCAGAAGUGACGUGAUCGAUCGGCAAUUCCCGUGAUGCGGGUGAUGAUGGAUUAGUGUAAAAGAGCGCGAGUGCAAAGGAAGCAAAGAUCGCGGUGCUGUUGAUACUGUUUUGGAGGUGUUGAGAGAUAGAGCGUGCUGCCCGCAUAAGUCACGACUGUCGAUCCAAUCGUGGUGUUCUACUUUGACGAUCAUUCGUUCGUUCGCUCGUUGCAGAAUCAAUCAGAACGCGCGCUGACCUAACCCUCGAUUGGUUGCACAACGAGGUGCGGGAGAUUGGCAGCGAAGAGAGGUGUUGGGAAAUUAUUUCAGAACUGUGAUUCCAGCUCUUGAGACGAGUUCAGUUGGUUGACCGGACCUGCGGAAACUGCAAAAAGGAGGAGGAGGAGGAGGACGGGAAGGCGGUGCUGUUUUGGCGCUGAACAUCGAUCGGGAGGCAAAAUCGGACGCCACGCUAGAACACCAUGGGUAGUUCCGGCUACACGUGCAUACGACGGACAUUCUGCUCGUUCAACGUUCUAAUAUGGCUCUGCGGUAGCUGCUUCCUGGCCAUCGGCGUGUGGCUACGAUUUGCCGCACCCGGCUAUGCCACCCUACUGCCAGACCACGCUGCCCUCAGCGCAGACUGCCUAUUCAUGACCAUCGGCGUGAUUAGUUUCGUGAUAGCAUUCUUCGGCUGCUGCGGUUCGUGGUUCCAGUCGCGGUGUUUCUUGAUAAUUUAUUUCACUCUGGUGGUGUUGCUGUUUUUGAGCGAGUUCCUUUUGGGAUCGCUGGCAUUUGUGUUCCGGGGAGGAAUCGGACGGAUGAUGGUUCACGAACUGAAGUACGGCAUCGAAAAGCACUACAACGUGUCGGAUCGAGGUGGAAUUUUUGCACCCUCGGUGGCAUCCAUCUGGGACAAGGUGCAAGUUGAGCUGCAAUGUUGCGGUGUCAGCUCGUACGAAGACUGGUACGACAUCAGUGCAUGGCCGGGCGAGCGGUGGGUCCCGCGGUCCUGUUGCCGACCGCGCUACGGUUCUCUAAUGCUGGAAGGCUCGGGUGACGAUCUGCAGAGCGCUGAUUGCCGGAAAGCUGGCGACCCGUCUCUGCUGUGGGACAAGAGCUGCGGCCAGAUUCUCCAGAUGUGGUUCGUCCAAAGGCUACACGUCGUUGGGACGGUUGGUCUAGUCAUAGCAUUUCUACAGCUAUUCGGUCUGAUAUCGUCGAUGUUACUGUUCUGCACGGUCAAGCACAAACGAUCGUCGAAAACCUACAAAUCGUACUCGCCCUCGGUGGACACGACCCUAAAUCGGAACAGCACCGGAACCUACCUGGACGAUUGAUAUUGAUGUCUGUCUCGAUUACUAUUGCGUAUGUAGGUAUCGAGAUCACUCCACAAUAUGGCUUUACGAAAUUCACAAUCCUCGAAGAUCACGUAAGACACCACGAACCACAACAACGAAGCUGAGCAGUGGAUAAAUAUACUCGUAUUUAUAUCAAAAUCAUUACUAUUUUACACAUGUACUAUUUUAGGUUAAACGCCGAGAUGCUGAGACGCUGAAAUCGAAUCCUUAGAUUAAGGAGAUGCUGUGCCAAAAAUCACGAAGAUAGUUGUUUGUAUUUUAAAAAAACCCGAGAUUAAAUAAGAGUAUUGUUAAUUUAUGGAACGCUAGGUCACCUUAGAAAGUAAGGAUAAGGAUAUCACUACAAAAGUAGAACGAACAAAUUGGUUAAAAAAUAAAAUGUAUUUACAAAAGAAUCCAGUGAUCGGGAGAGUCUCCGACCUAGCUUUCGAUAGAUCGCGCUUAGAUUUUAGACCUUAUAUGAUACAAUUGGUUUUUACUACCUUAUAGAUCUAUGUAUUUAUAAAUAGUAUAUCCGACUGCCGAAGUCGAAGCAAAGCAUUCCAAAGUAGCACAACUUGUAUUUACAUGGUAAUUCUCAGAGAUAAAUGAAAUAAAUCAACCUUGUAUGUACUCCA